AUGAAGAUUCUUACGGGAAAUAAAACUUUCAGGCCUGUAAGUCGAUUGUUUUCAGUCAACUUGGAUAAUUCUAUCACCAGGAGAAGAAAUUGGUUUGAUGUCAGUCCUCCAAGGCGACCGACUGGAAACGAGACUAUCACCGUGUCUACUUACAACCUUCUUUCACAGCAAUACAUGUGGCCAGAAGUCUACAAUCAUAUACCCUCAAAAUAUACAAGCUGGCAAUAUAGGCUACCUCUGAUAAACAGGAACCUUAUGGACUUAUCACGGCUUGCAGACAUAAUGUGUUUUCAAGAAAUGGAAUUCAACGUUUAUCAGGAAACGUGGAAACCCUUAUUGAAAGAUCACGGUUUCGACUCCAUUUUCCAAAAGAAGAGGCCCCCCACUUACUGGACGAAAAGCGAAGACCAAUUAGAUGGUGUGUCCAUUUUUGUCAAUUCCAACAAGUUUGACCUUCUUAGCUAUGAGCCAGUCGAUUAUUCUGAACACUUCCAAAAUCCUGAAUAUUUCACUCCGACUCAAGACUUAAGAGAACGUGCUAUGACAAGAAAUACUGUUGCUCUCAUUGCAACAGUGAGACACAAGAGAACAGGAACUAUCAUUUUUGUGACUAACACGCACCUGUAUUGGUCUCCUGAGUUCCCCGAUGUCAAGGUUUUGCAGGCAUACUUGCUGGUUCGUUUACUCAAGAGGACUAUGCGAAAUCACUAUAAAGUAAAUGACAAUCAGCUAAGUGAGAUCAUGCGUCAGGGACAAGCUAGUGUCCUUUUGGUUGGAGAUUUCAACUCCACUCCUGAUUCCAUGGUUUAUGAGUUUUUACAAAAUGGCUCGCUGAACAUCGCUAAAGACACUCGGUUCAAUUAUGAUUAUGGCAAGCUUGAGGGUGCUAUAUUGAAAACUGGUCUUCUAGAAUUUGAGUCCCAGUACAAAUCACUGGUUCAUUCCUCUGAAUUCCAAUGCCGUGAGCAUAGUCAGCCUUUCAAAAGAUUUAUCGACUAUAUCUGGGUGAACAAAUACAGCAAAACUCUGACACCUAUUAGAGUUCUCGGAGACAUAGAUAUCGACUAUGUGGAUGAGUUUUCAUGGUUCCCUAAUGAAUCUUAUCCAAGCGAUCAUCUUCCUAUGCUAGCUCAGUUUGGAAUUAAGUAA